AUGGUUGAGGCACACGAGCAAGUCGAGCGGGAGGCGGAGGUUGAGCAAGCUCAUGUUCCCGAAGAGGCUGUGGCUCCUGAUUUCAACGUACCUGAGGCCGAUACCAGCGAGAAACAGGACGAUACCGAGCCGGUCGUUGACUCCAUCACCGCGAUUCAAGAUGUAGUCACCGACUCCCCCGAAAUCACCCCACUCGACGUUCCUGCACCCAAGGAAGCUCUACCUGCCGACGAGAACUCGACCGAGGACAAGGAAGAAACACCCGCUGCCAUACCACAAGGACUUGAUGUCGAGCAAGCGGAAAACAAUGGACUCGCCCAGCCCACGGAACAACAAAUUGAGACUGAGAAGGUAGCAGUCAAGGCUCAACAACCCAAAUCGCCCACCUUUAGCUUACCAAUCUCCAAGUUUUCCACGAGCCCAACUCAGCCAAAGACUCCCGUCGAAUCAGCGAAGCCGACUCCGCUGGAUGUCAGCGGCGCCAUUUCUUUGUCGGCGGAAGUAUCACCCAAAUCGCCGCUAUCUCCUCGCUCGCCUGGACUCAGAGUUCCUCGGUCCAAGUUCUCGACCCAGGAUCUCAGGUCGGCUGCUGCUGUCGAAGUUCCCACCAUCAUGUCGCCUAAAGAACAGGCACCCACAGAGCCACUGCCUACUGCUGUAGAGGAAAACGACAGUGUUGCUGAGGAGACUCUGGCAGCCUCGGAGGCGUCCAAGCGAAGAUCACUCAUUGAACCGAUCCGGACCGAUCUGGAAGUACCCGAGAAGCGUGCAGACGACAACAUCUCUGACGACGAGGACUUGCUGGAUGAGCUGCACUCUGCUACAGUUGAGCAAGCGCAGCAUAUAACUGUAUCCAAAUCGCCCAUUACCCCAGUGUUCCCCAGCCCGACGAUUCAGAACGCUAGCAGGCCGACGUCGCGCGGGGUUGUUCGCACGAUCUCGAAUCCAGUGCGGGGACUCACGGCUGCAGAUGUAGCUCAAGCCCAAAGCCAGAGAUCAAUCUCAUCUGGCGCAGCCUUUCUUCACAAGAUUACGCAGCAACAGGGCAACAAUCACUUGAAGCCAAACCAGCCUAACAAGAUUGGGUCUAGCAUCUCCCAACGUAUCAAGGCUCUCGAAAAAUUGUCUGCCCAUGCACCCGGUGUUGUCGAAGCGGACACGAGCAGUCUGAAGGCUCCGAGGCCAUCCUCAGCGUUCUUCGCCGUUAAGAGGGGAAGCGUCCGGGACCCGCCAUCUUGUUCCCCUUCGGUUGUCGACAGGACGAGGCCUUCGACACGUGGCGCCAGUCCUGUCCCCCCUAUUAUGGCCGAGUCUGUAGAGUCAUCUCCAGAGGCUGCAGGCCGGGGUAGAUCGGGGUCCAUGGCAAACAGGCUCUCAAUGUUUGAGAUGCCUGGCAGCAAUCCGCCCAGAGGCCGCCCAGAAUCCAUCUCCGUUACGGCGCGAAUCAUUCGCGACCCCAGCCAGGCUGGUAAGGCGCCGGAGCCGCCUAAAAACCCUUCCGAGUUUGAACGACUCGAUCUUAAGGUGUCGCCCUUAGUUGUCGAUCAUCAGAAGGCCGAGCUCCCGCUCCCGCCAGCCAAUCUGGCCACAGUGGAACCCUCCAAAGAGACUAUUCAAGAGCGAAGACUGUCAAAGGAGAAGCGCCGCUCUCAGUCCAUUGACGCCAAGGAGGAUGUCGAAGAAGCUCCGAGGCGGUCGUCUCUCAGCAUCAUGAAGGACUUCAUCAAGGACCGCCGCAAGUCACUCACUUCUCCCUCCACAGAGGCAUUGACCGCUCCUCUCCCCAUGUCUCCUGGCUCAAAGUCUCCCUCAAGACCCCCUUCUACUCAUGCGAACUCUGGUGGUCUCAGCCGCCGUCUGUCAAUCAGCAGUCGUCGAUCUUCCAUUAGCAAGGAGAACGAUUUGAGCGGUGCCAUGUCUCCGUCCAUGUUCACUGAGGGCAGCGGCUCUGGCGACGACAGCAAAUCCACUGCUAGCGACAAGAAGAAGGGUCGCGCAGGUCGUUUCAUGCGUCGCCUCUCGUCAUCCCUGAGCAGUGCCGGGCGUGGUAAGACCAUGACCCCGACUGCCAUCUCUCCUACAGUUCAGGAGGAGGACGCAUCAGAGGUGGCCCGCCUCCAACAGCCUACCAUCGAGGCUUUCAUGGGAGAUGUCAACGUCCAAUUCCCAGACAACUUGCUAUGGAAGCGUCGCAGCAUGUGCCUGGACUCCCAAGGGUUCUUGAUCUUGAGUGCCGUCGCCGCUGGCAAUGCCGCCAAGAACAAACAGCCUACAGGUGCCGGUGUCAAGAGAUACCAUCUCUCAGACUUCCGGAUGCCCUACAUUCCCGACAUGGAAAUCCAGGAGCUGCCUAACAGCAUCUGCCUUGACUUGGUCGAAGGCUCCGGCUUGCAGGUUGCGUGCGAAGAUCGCGCCGGACAGAUGAAUGUGCUGCACAUUCUUCAAGACGCGCAUCAAAGCCACAGUUCCUUCGGGCAGUAA